AUGGGUUGGUUUGGAGGUGGAAGUUCAAACUCGCAGCAAGCACCGCCUGCAAAAGUGUCGAUUGUAUCAGAAUAUAAGGAGGAGCCGAAACCUCAUCAGCAGUAUCUUGAAGAUCUACCACCAAAAUUUGCCGAUGAUGAUGAUGAUAAUCUUCUGCAGUCUUCACAAUCACAGUCUCAGACACAAGUACAGCCACAACCACUCUCGCCAUCACAGCAACGUCAAGCUACAUUAUCCGAUGCAGCCAAAAUGAUCAAGCUUUCGGAUUUCACGUUUGACCGGUUUGUCCAAAUGCCAUGUUUUCGAGAGGCGAUGAUUACGGGGUUUCAAGCGAUGGGGGUUUUGGGUGUGAUUACGUUCUUAGUGCAUCGCAAUUUUAAGAAAUCGAUGAAUUGGUCUGUUGGUGGUUUUUUUUUGGGGAACCUAGUUGGUUGGGAGCAGUGUAGGUCUCUUAGAAGAAGAUCAUUUGAGAUGGUUGAAAAGGCAAAGAGAGAAAAGGAGGAGAGGCACAGGAAAAAGUUGGAAGAGUUAAGAGAGAGCCAGCUGGAUAUGGAUGAUGUAAAAAGAUUUGAGGAGUUUAACAAUAGAAGGUGA